AAUUAAACACUUCGCCGGUCCAGUUACCUACACAAUUCGGAACUUCAUCGAGCGAAAUCGCAACGAUCUCUCAAAAGAGCUUUAUCGCGCCAUGUACAGGUGUAAUAACUCGUUGGUGCAGGAACUAUUUCCGGAGGGAAAUCCGAAACGGUGUACUUUAAAGCGAACUCUAUCCGCCACGAAUCACCUAAAAAUAACGCUAAAUUCGUUAUUAAAGAGUUUAUUACCACGGCAUAGUCAUUAUAUACGAUGUAUUAAACCAAAUGAAGUUAAGCAAGCUAAAAUUUUUGAGAUAUCUUUAGUACAACACCAGGUCAGAUAUUUAUGUUUACUCCCAACCGUGGAGCUUUGGCGAACCGGAUAUUGCUACCGCCUACUUUACUCCCAUUUCUUACACAGAUACAAGAUGUUGAACUCAUCGACUUGGCCCAAAUUUUACGGCCCAUCCAUCGAGGGAGUUUCAACAAUCUUAAAAAGCCUUCCACUUCCAGGGGCUGAAUUCAUUUUCGGACGAACGAAGGUUUUUGUGCGCAGCCCCCGCACGGUUUUUGAACUAGAAGAGUUCCGGCGAGAAAGACUGCAUUAUUUGGCAGCUCUCAUCCAGAAAUGCUAUCGAGGGUAUCGACAGAGGAGGAAGUUUCAAAAAAUGAGGAGGAGUCAAAGGGUGAUUGCGGCGGCUUGGAGGACUUGGAGGGUGAGGAUUCUUUUUUUUUAAAUUAAUUAAUUAAUC